UCUCUCACUCUCUCUCUCUCUCUGUCUCUCUUGUCGCCUAUGGCUAUGGAGCUCUUGUCUUUCCAAUCCUUCCUCUUCUUCUUUCUUCUUUCUCUCUAUGUCUACCUCCGUUUUAACACUUCCCCAAAGAAACCCAUCAACGGCAACGGCUUCAAAGUCUACCCUCUACUCGGAACACUACCGGAGUUCUUGAUGAACCGGCACCGUUUCCUUGACUGGACAACCGAAAUUCUCACCAACACCGCCACUAACACCGCCGUAUUCCGGCGUCCCGGGAAGCUCCAGGGCGUCAUCACCGCCAACCCGUCCAACGUUGAGCACAUGCUGAAGACCAACUUCGAGAACUACCCCAAAGGCGAGCGGUUCAUAGCGCAUCUCGAAGACUUUCUCGGCCGAGGAAUCUUCAACUCCGACGGGGAGCUCUGGAAGGUCCAAAGAAAGACCGCCAGCCACGAGUUCAACACCAAGUCGCUCCGGAGCUUUGUCAUGCAAAACGUCACCGUUGAGAUCGACGCGAGACUGGUUCCCAUUUUGGAAAGAGCGUCGGAGACGGCGCGCGUGUUGGAUUUGCAGGACAUCCUGGAGCGCUUCGCGUUUGACAACGUUUGCAAAUUGGCUUUCGACGUCGACCCGGGUUGUCUUGGCGGUGACGGCACCGCUGGGGCCGACUUCAUGCGGGCUUUCGAGAACGCCGCCACGCUUAGCUCCGGGAGAUUCAUGUACGCCAUCCCCAUUCUGGGAAAGCUUAAAAGGUUUCUCAACGUUGGAUCAGAGCGAAAGCUAAAAGAAGCAAUCAGAACCGUCCACGAAUUCGCGGAUGAGAUGAUACGGUCUAGAAGGAAACAAAAGACAGAAAAAGAAGAAGACCUGCUGUCCCGGUUUAUGGCAAAGGAAGAAAACUCGCCCGAAUUUCUCCGAGAUAUCGUGAUAAGCUUCAUUCUUGCUGGACGGGACACGACCUCGUCGGCUUUGAGCUGGUUCUUUUGGCUCUUAUCGUCGAAACCGGAGGCGGAGCGAAACAUAUUGACGGAGCUGGAAAACAUCCGAGUCCGUAACGGGAAAAAUACGAGCGAUGCAUUUAGUUUUGACGAGCUCCGAGAGAUGCAUUAUCUGCAUGCGGCGAUAUCGGAAGCGAUGAGGCUGUACCCGCCGGUACCGGUGGAUAGCAAAGCGUGCCUGAAGGACGAUAUAAUGCCGGACGGGACGUUUGUGGGGAAGGGUUGGCUUGUGACGUAUCACACGUAUGCGAUGGGGAGAAUGGAGAGCAUCUGGGGGAAGAAUUGCCGGGAGUUUUUGCCGGAAAGAUGGAUGGAAAACGGAGUGUGUAGGCAGGAGAGCCCGUUUCGGUUUCCGGUUUUCCAUGGCGGGCCGAGAUUUUGCCUGGGAAAAGACAUGGCGUAUAUUCAGAUGAAGUCGAUUGUAGCUUCAGUGAUAGAGAGGUUUGAGAUUGAGGUGGUGGAGAAGAAGGAGAAGGGCCUACAGCAUUUGUUGUCGUUGACUUUGAGGAUCAAUGGUGGGUUACCCGUGAAGCUGAGGAAGAGAUGUGUCGAUGCCACACCCGCAAAUUAAUCUACAUGUUUUUUUUUUUUUUUUUUUUUAAUAAAUAAUAUAGAAAUCAUAUGUAAUAUAAAAUAAUGUUCAAUCUUGCAUGUUGUAAUAUAUUAAUGCUUUAAUUGUUGUUUUAA